GGGCAGCUUGUCCUUUGCUCACCUUCCGCUUCGAAUGAACGACAAGGACCUGGAAGCUACUCAACCUGCUGGGGAGACGCUGGAUACGUUCUCACCAGCGGUGAAUGAAGAGGAAGAAAGUCCGUCAGUUUGGGGUGUUUUAAGAUCCCUGAACCCGGACUAUGACGACUUUUUAUUGUCCAAAGCCCUUGCCAGUCAUGAACAGAACUCUGCUGCGCCAAGCAGAGCCGGCUAUCUACUGGGACGUCAUCUAGAGUGUGAUAUCAGAUUCACCAACCCACAAAUUUCCAACAGACAUUGUCUGAUAUAUAAGGAGAAUUGCUGGAAUGACCACUUGAAUUGCAUGGAGGAAUGCGUCUUCAUAGAAGACCUAAGCACCAACGGGACGUUUAUCAACGGUAAACACCUCGGCCGUAACAAGCAAUACCGUCUUCAACAUGGGGAUGAGAUACAGCUGGCUAUAUCUGAUCCACAAAAGACAAAUCGAGAGCCUUUUGAUGAUCGAUUUUACAUGUUUCAACUUCCACGACGAAUGAGGAAAUCUCACGCCAGUGGAGAUAGUAUCCAUGACAAGUACCUGAUCACGAAAUCUAUCGGAAGUGGCAAUUUCGCUACCGUGAAGCUUGCAGUUGAUAGAGAGACCGGAGAAAAAGUCGCCAUUAAGGUGGUCCUGAAAAGUAGAAUACGGGCAAAGCCAAAGUUUAUAGAAAACCUGCGCCAGGAAAUAGCCAUUCUUAUGGGUCUUAGACACCCAAAUAUCGUCUCAAUUAACGGCGUUUAUGACGAAGCUCAAUAUGUAUACAUUGUGCUGGAACUGGUGCAAGGGGGCGAGCUUUUUGACGCAAUAGUGGAACAUAGGAAAUUCUCGGAAAGUGUAGCGAGAAAGGUCAUGUUUCAAUUGUUUUCAGCCCUGAAGUAUUUGCAUGACCGUGGGAUAACACACCGAGAUUUGAAGCCAGAAAAUAUACUUCUCGUCUCGAGGGAUCUUGCAGACUUGCGGAUAAAGAUAUCGGAUUUUGGACUUGCAAAGUUAGCCGGGGAAGAUUCAUUUUAUGGGACAUUAUGUGGGACUCCAAAUUACGUUGCACCAGAGGUUUUGGCUCCUAGCACCGGGCGCGCGUAUACGAAGGCUGUAGACCUUUGGAGCUGCGGCGUUAUUUUGUAUAUAUGUUUGUGCGGGUUUCCUCCUUUUUCCGAAGAGCUCAGUCCUCCGGGUAUGCCAGACCAGAUCCGACAAGGGAUAUACAAGUUCCAAUCGCCAUGGUGGGACCGUGUAUCCCCAGAAGCUAUUGAUCUGAUAAAGGGCCUUCUCACUGUGGACCCUGAGAAGCGGCUUACUGUUGAUCAGGCCCUUGAUCACCCCUGGAUGAAGAAAUCACAAGCUUCCAAUGGGUCACCUCUGUCAAUGGCACCUGAUACAGUCGAUCCCAUACCUCAGUUCAUACGCGGCGACACGUUGUUAUCACCGGCAAAGAAAAACCGGAAACGAGAGUCUACCCCUCCAUUGCCGCGAACUCCGAAGAAAACGAAAAUGCAUUCAAACUUUGAUGACAGUCCUGCGACAGCAAAUAUCUCCCCUGUGAGCACACCCGGGGCGCCAACACAUGCCCCUGCGGCCGAAAACUCUCGCCUUAAUUCAAAUGCGGAUAGUGUUAUGACGGAUGUGAAUACUGAAGGGGAUAGAAGGAGUAGUACUGGGUCCGUUCAUUAUCAGGAGGAUGACAAAGGAAGUGGUAAAAAAGGUCGGCGUACUUCUGGAGGGCGCCGGAAGAGGGACACCACCCCUGAGUUGACCACGUCGCCAAGAAAUGUAAGAAGAUCGGCGAGACUACAAGGACGUAAAACUACACAGUAAUUUCCCUAGAUAUAACUGAUAUAUAUACCCGUCGAUAUUUUGCAUGUUAAAGCUAAUAUGAAUCUUACACAUUUUGGAUGGUACCUGGAUUC